GCCGUCCUCCCGCGUUCCUAGAGGGGACGCCCGCCCCCUUCUACCCCGGCUGAUGAGCCGCGAGCGUAUUUGAUAGCGAUCCGGAGACCGCGUCCAGGUACGGGUGAUGUCCACUCGCGGAAGGCAAGGAACUCGGGUGAUCUGGCCUGGCCUGGUCGGCUGGGCUUAGGGUAACGCUGGACGAAGGCCAGAGACUCUGGCGUGGGCAGGUGGGGUCCGGAAGCGUGGAGUACGGCGCGCCAAUCAGCCGGCAACCUGGAUUUGUGAAUGUUGGGAGAAACGAAGGAGGGAGACAAAGGUGGUGACGAUCGGCGGGUGAUCCCCGAGGACACACUCCAAAGCGGCCUCUCCGCCGUGUUUGGCUGUCGUGCGCACCCCUAAUCUUGGAGGUAGCUGUCUGGCCUCGGAGUGGGGUACUCAUGUCAGACUGCCGCGUGACGGACGGAAGCCCUUGGACACUAUGAGAUUUUUGUUUUCUUUUUCGUGUAACAGCAGAGUAUGCCUCUGGUGGUCUGCUCUCAGAACGUGCCAUCUCUAAUCUGCGCGGUGACGCCCUUCUACGCCCAGUGGUGCCCAGUUGCCUCCGGGUGCAGGAGGGAAGCCUCCAGAGGAAAUGGUGUUUCUCCACGUGCGCCCUGAGGUGACCAGCUGCAGCCCAUGGAGACCCAGUCCAAUGGCAAGCCUCAGGACAUGCGGCCUCCGCCAGAUGGUGAGACUAAGCACAAGAUUGAAGAAGCAGCUUCCGAAAAGGAAAUUAUAGCAAAAAAUGGAGGCUCUGACAGCCCCCAAAAGGAUGUUCUACAGGAUUCUGAAGACAGAGAAUUCUAUGAAUUUGGGGAUGAAUUAAAUGAAAUGCAUCAGAAUCUCUUUGAAAGAAGGGAAUACAUUUGUGAAGAGUGUGGACAAAGCUUUGCUUGGAGUACUGGCCUCAUUAGGCAUCAGAGAACCCAUUGGGAGAAACCCUAUGAAUGUGAUAAAUGUGGAAAGGCCUUUCGUGUGAGCUCAGCCUUGGUUCUGCAUCAGAGAAUCCACACUGGAGAGAAGCCCUAUCCUUGUGGCUGGUGUAUGAAAAGUUUCAGUAGGAGCUCAGAUCUUAUUAAACAUCAAAGAACCCACACUGGAGAGAAGCCUUAUAAAUGUGAUGAAUGUGGUAAAGCCUUCAGUCAGAGCUCGGAUCUCAUUAUCCAUCAGCGAAUCCAUACGGGAGAGAAACCCUAUCAGUGUAAUCAUUGUAGUAAAAGCUUCAGCCAGCGCUCAGAUCUGGUUAAACACCAGAGAAUCCACACUGGAGAGAAGCCUUAUUCGUGUAACCAAUGUAACAAACAUUUUAGUCAGAGUUCUGAUGUCAUAAAACAUCAAAGGAUCCAUACUGGGGAGAAACCAUAUAAAUGUGAUGUGUGUGGGAAGGCCUUCAGUCAGAGCUCAGAUCUCAUUCUACAUCAGAGAAUCCACACUGGAGAGAAACCCUACCCAUGUAAUCAGUGCAGCAAAAGUUUCAGUCAAAACUCAGACCUUAUUAAACAUCGAAGAAUCCACACCGGAGAAAAACCCUACAAAUGCAAUGAAUGCGGGAAAGCUUUUAAUCAGAGCUCAGUCCUGAUUUUACAUCAACGAAUUCACACUGGAGAGAAACCUUAUCCUUGUACUCAGUGUAGCAAGACCUUCAGUAGGCUGUCAGAUCUUAUUAAUCACCAAAGAAUUCACACUGGAGAGAAGCCCUACCCCUGUAAUCAGUGCAGUAAAAUGUUUAGUAGAAGAUCAGAUCUUGUUAAACAUUACAGAAUUCACACAGGUGAGAAACCCUAUGAAUGUGAGGAGUGUGGAAAAACCUUUAGUCAGAGUUCCAAUCUUAUCCUGCAUCAGAGGAUUCACACAGGAGAGAAGCCUUAUCCUUGCAGUCAUUGUGCUAAAAGCUUUAGUCGCCGCUCAGAUCUCGUUAAACAUCAAAGAGUCCACACUGGGGAGAAACCAUACACAUGUAAGCAGUGCAAUAAAAGUUUUAGCCAAAGCUCAGACCUCACUAAACAUCAGAGAGUGCACUCUGACGAAAAACCCUAUUAUUGUGACAGCUGUGUGAAAGCCUCCAGUCAUUCUGACCUUAUUCCUCAUCAGAGAAUUCACACUGGAGAAAAACCAUACCCAUGCACACACUGCAGCAGAUGUUUCCGUCAGAAUUCAGACCUCACCAAACACCAGAGAGUUCACACUGGGGAAAAACCCUAUAAAUGCACUGAGUGUGGAAAGGCUUCCAGCCGGUGCUCUACUCUGAUCCUGCAUCAGAGAAUCCACACUGGAGAGAAGCCAUAUUCCUGUUAUAUUCAGUGCACCCAAAGUUUUAGCCAACCCUCUGAGCUUACUGACCAUGAGAAGGUCCAUUUUGGUGAAGGCAGCCUAAAUGCAAUCAAUGUAGGAAAACCUUUUGUGUAUACACCAACUUGAUGCAGUACUGGAGACAUGAUAUCAGAACAAAUCUUACAAAUGCUAUUUAGUAUGAAAUAAGGUUUUAAUUAAUAUUCAACACAUUCAUUAAAAAGAAAACCCACAUAGAGAACACUUCAGUUUUUGUAGUGCAAAUUCUACUUGGAGCCAUAAAAUAAAGAAAAAUUGGGCAAGUGAGUGGUGUGGUAUCAGGUUGCCACUUGAAAUGUCCCAUGUCAGAGUGGCUAGGUUCAAGUGCUGUCAGUGUUUCCUGUCCCAGCUUCCUGGUAAAGAGCACUGGAGUAGCAGAAGGUGAGGGCUCACUUUUAGGUCCUUGCCACUUAUGGGCCACUUAAAAUAUUAAGUUCCUAGAUUUAGCUUGCCCCAACCAUGGCUAUUGGGAAGAUUUGGGGAGUGAGCCAAUGGGUGGAUGAACUGUCUCUAUGUCUCUCUUUCAAGUAAAUGUCUUUGUUAAUGUGGGAAAGACUAUACAUUAUGGAAAAACCUUCAGCAUGAAUUAAAUUUUUACUUAAUAUCAGUAGCAGCAAUGGAAGUGUCUGCCAUAAAAGUAAGAAAAACUCUGAUCUUAUUUAGACGAUCUAUCAGUGUACAAUUGUAAAUGUAAGAAAUAUAUAACAAUAUUCCGUUUUCACUUAAAAGAAGCAUUUUUCAGUUUCUCUUGCAUAUCUGAAUUGCCAGCAUACUAUCUUUUCAUGUUGGAACCAUCACUAAAAAAUCCACAAGGGUUACUUGAGCGUAAGCUCCACAAUACUACAAUAACUCAAAGAGUCCUGCUAAGUAACUAGUGGGAAGGUAGCAU